AUGGCACGAUGGGGAGAUGAGAGAACUAUACAGUUCAUUCAUUUGUACAGAGACUACGAAUGUCUUUGGAAGCCGGCUAGCCCGCUUUACAAAAACAAAACAGCACGUGCUAAUGCCUACACCAAAAUACAAAAAGAAUUUAGUCUGACUGAAAAAGAAAUUAAAAAUAAAACCAAAAGUCUGCGAAGUACUUAUCAUCAAGAAAAGAAUAAAGUGGAAAAUUCAAAACGAUCCGGAACUGGAUCCAGUGACAUUUACAAACCCAGUUUGAUUUGGUAUAAGGAAAUGGGUUUUAUAAAUGAAAGUUUCGAAUAUAGAAACUCAAUCCAAACUGCUGUUCGCAUACGAGUAACCGAUGAUACCCCAGAUCGUGUACACCUAAUGGACAAAGAUUUAUCCAACUUAUCCUUCGAAGAAAGCACUCCCCUAGACAAAAAAGGAUCUUUGACAUCUGAAGAGAUGAUCAACUUUGCAGAUUUAUUGGAUAAAGUAAAUAAUGUGAUUGUUGAAAAGUUGAAUAGUUUUGAGACCAAAAUUUUAAGCGAAAUUAAACCUACUGUUACAGUGUUAGCACAGGAAAAUAGUAAACUAAGACAAGAUCUAAGUGAAGCUAAUAAAAAUGCAGAUUAUUAG